AGCAAUCUGACAAGUCAAGAUGUCAUUGAUGCACUGGCAUAGACAAUUUUUUUACGAAUUCUAAUAAUCUGAUCUACUCUCUCUUCAGUGAUAAAAUGUGGAAUAAAUUGAAUAAAUUUCUCAUAUAUGUUCUGUUAAUAAUUGAAAUAAGGGUUGGAUUUUAAUUUUGUGCAUUGUGCGUACAGGAAGUAUAGCAUCUGUGUUUUAAAAGAGGAAAAGUAAGUAAGUUUCACAAUGCCCUCCACCCACCUGAACCUGCGUGAGGACGACGUAGUGCGUUUGGCCCUUGAAUUUCUCCACAACCGUGACCUGCAUAUAACACAGCUUUCUCUCGAGCGCGAGACCGGCGUAAUCAACGGCAAUUAUGCCGACGAUGUGCUCUUCCUUCGUCAGCUUAUUCUAGAUGGCCAGUGGGAUGACGUGCUCGAGUUCAUUCAGCCUCUCAGUGCCCUCAAAGCAUUCGAGGCCGACAAAUUCAAUUACGCCAUCCUAAGGCACAAAUAUAUAGAACUAUUGUGUAUAAGAUCUGAAAUUAAAGCUUACAAUAACGUCGAAAACAUAGUCGAUGAAGUUGUGAAAGUAUUAAGCGACCUGGAAAAAUUAGCCCCUUCUAAAGAAGAAUACUCAAACUUAUGCUUAUUAUUGACUUUGCCAAGUAUAACAGAUCACGCUCAGUUUAAGAAAUGGAAUCCGAGCAACGCUCGCGUCCAAUGUUUCCGAGAAGUGUAUCCACUUGUAGAACAAUUUUUACCAUGCGACAAAAAGUCCAGUGGCAGUGCACCUAAGUGCGCAAAGAAUGAUCGCCUAAUGCAAUUACUUAUUAAAGGAAUAUUAUAUGAAUCGUGUGUAAACUACUGCCAGGCUAAAGCUACGGGAUCUAAAGAAGCACAAUCGAAUGAUGUUAAUUUCUCGAGACUGCUUGACGGAUCGGGUUUUGACGAGUCCGACUUAAGUUUAUUAUCAUGGUUGCAGUCCAUACCUGCUGAAACUUUUAGUGUUCCCUUCGAACAAAGAAUGUUAAAUGUAGAUGUGGAGAAAUUGGAACGUCCGUCACUGCAUACGUCGUGGACGGAACACAUGCUCGUGACACCAAUCAAACCUCGCACCUUCCCACAUUUGGCCAUGCCGUUCAGAAGGCCGCGGUCUGCCGCCGACGCUAUGACAAGAUCUUUGCGACCUUUACCAGAUGGAGCGCCGCGUCAUCCUGCUCUCAUGGCGUUAUCUGCCAUAGACUACGGUCCGUCUUCCUCGUGUUUUGCUGGAUUUCACCUUACUGGAAUCAAGGGCAGUAAACUAAUGAACACUUCAGUGGAUAGGCUGUUUGAUAAUAAAAAUGGAGAGAGCAUAUUUAACGGACUAAACGACACACUAAAGCCAAUAGAGGAGCAAAUAAAACCUAUCGGGGAGCUUGCGGGUUCCACGAAAACAACUGAAACUAGCAGUAUUGCCGCAUCGAAUGCAACCACUCCGGAACAUCGAGGACAAGACUACUCGGCGUCCACGUCUGUUUCCAAUACGGCAGCGUCGACGGAGCGUUCGUCAUUGGCCGAGCGCGCGUCACACCAAGUCGAUGCAGCAAUGAUACACGGUGUGGAUGGCGACUUUAGAAGGGAACUUUUAAAAGAAUAUCAAAUUCAAAAGCAACGCGAGUGUGACGACUAUCUUCGCAAUCUGUGUUCGUCUGACUUGAGGCAACAGAUAACCAUGGAGCAAGUUAGUGAUGCUGCAUCCGGUUUUUCGACCGCCGUCAAGACACAACAACCGCCGCCGCCCAACCCAGAAAUGAUGCGCGAACAGGCACAAUACGUAAGGAAAAACGAAAUCAGCGAAUCGUCGGACAUGGGAGAUCCGUCAUUAGCACAGAAUAGGAAUGGCGGGCAUCAGGCGCCGAUGCCGGCGCCGGGCGUGGUGGGACCGGAGGUGAACGGCUCGCGGCCGACCUUCAAACCCGUCACAGUGCUGGAGGAUCUGCAGGCAGUGCGCUGCGCGGAAUUCCAUCCCAACGGCAAGCUGUACGCCGUGGGCUCGAAUACCAAGACUCUCAGAAUAUGUACUUAUCCCAAGAUUGAAGAUGUCAAGGACAAUAGCGCACCGACGGCUCCCACGGUGCUACUGAAGCGCACGAAGCACCACAAGGGCAGCAUCUACUGCCUCGCGUGGAGUCCAGAAGGCGACUUACUCGCCACUGGAUCCAACGACAAGACUGUUAAGCUAAUGAGGUUCAACAGUCACGCGUGCAAUCUGGAAGGGCAAGAGGUUGAAUUAACGAUGCACGACGGCACCGUCCGCGAUGUUUGCUUCAUCGAGGACACCUCGAACAAGACCAGCUUACUGGUGAGCGGCGGCGCGGGCGACUGCAAGAUAUACGUCACCGACUGCGCAAUAGGAAAGACGUUCCAGGCGCUGAGUGGUCACUCUGGACACGUGCUCUCACUGUACAACUGGGGUGGAGCUAUGUUCGUGUCGGGCAGUCAGGACAAGACUGUCCGCUUUUGGGAUCUGCGGACUGGCGGGUGUGUGAACAUCAUCUCGCCUCCCUCCGGACAGCCCAGCAAGGGGUCAGCAGUAGCGUCUUUGGCGGUGGAUCCGAGCGGGCGGCUGCUGGUAUGUGGGCACGACGACGGCACGUGCGCGCUGCACGACGUGCGCGGGUCCCGCGCGCUGCAGCGCUUCACGCCGCACUCGAGCGACGUGCGCAGCGUGCGCUUCUCGCCGGGCGCUUACUAUUUACUCACAGCUGGGUACGACGGACGGGUUGUGCUUACCGACUUACAGGGCGACCUUACCUGCGCCUUGCCGAGCGUGCCCGUCGCCAGGCAUCCGGACAAAGUGAUCUCCGCCCGAUGGCACCCGGACGACUUCUCAUUCCUGUCCACCUCCGCCGACAAGACCGCCGUGCUUUGGACGAUACCGCCUGUUUAGUGCUACUAACGCCACCUGUCUGGUUAGCAUAGCAACUAGCAACCCUCGCUUAUAGCUGCCGACUCGCUGAGAACCCUGGACGGCGAACGAAUGAUCAUGACGACUGCGAGCGAAUGUUUAGAGAUCGCGCUUACGUCUUCCGGAUCGAACGCUGUCAUUAGUGCACUGUGAAAGUGUAUGCCAAAAUAACCAAUUAAAACACUAAUAUAUUUUAUUUCAAUCUUGAUGUCCAAAGGGCUGUUUAACCAUUGAAUUGCAUUAAGAUAUAGGCCUCGAAUAAGGCCCGAUUUUCCAAACUGUGUAAUUUUCUACCGCCUAAUAAGCUUUGUGUACGUCUGUGAUAAUUAUUCAGUGUUUUAUCUGACAUAAUGACAGUUAUAAGAAGUGACAAAAAGUAUAACUACGACAGACGUAUACAGCGCUUAUUAGUAAGGUGCCUUUAUGUCAGGGUUUUAAAGGUGAUUUUAAAAUGCGCCGAACAUGUUUUUGAUAAAUAAACAGGACCAUCUAUUUAUUUUGACUGUUUGUUCGCGCGAAUUAUAGUGUGGUAAGAAACAUUUAAGCUAGCUUGCACAACGACUAACUAAAUAUAAUUAACGCAACGUAUAUUUAAACCAUGGUGAUGUCGUCAAUUCAUAAUGGCUGACAGUUAAAGCACAUUUUAAAUUUGUUUAGCGCUAAAAAUGUUAAGUAAAUCGUUGUGCUAGGUAGCCUUAUAAGAUAAUAUCUACGGGCACGUGUGGAAGAAUUAAAAUUGACAUAAUUUUGAGCUGCUCUAUGACAUUAUGAUUGGUGUUAACAUGAAAUAUCGGUGGUGUUUACCGACGCGCAGUGGCCUUGAACACAUUAAAUUGAGUUUUGAUUAAAACUCAACCUUAUCAAUAUUCUAAGAUGGCUGAUAUUCAAAAAACACCAUUCCCGUCUGACAUAAAAAGAAAAGUGGGAAGUAUUUUAUUACGAUUGUUAUAGUUUUGUUAUAUUUAGUGGCGGCAGAAUUAACCCCUAAUCGUUUAUUAAUGUUGUGGUAUAAUUUGAACGAGAUUGUAAUUGUUACGAACGUUUAUUGACGCAGCGUUUUGUCUUAUCUAUGCACUGUUUACGCUAUCGCACCCGACGAACACGAACAUAGCUUUAUUAUAAAAAAUUACCCCAAACGUGCUUCGGAUAUGCAGGAAACAUAGUACAUUAUACUCGUAUAGGUUAUAGCCGCUUAUUUAUACAACCGUAUUAACGUGCUGUGUAUUGCUUCUGGCUUUAUCUCAUCGACCCAAAUGAAAGCUUUAAAUGAAAACCGGCCGUGGUCAAGACGCAUUUCUACAAACGUUCACGCUAGGAAACAAUGUGUAUAACAAUUACUUAUUCGAUCGAUAAGUCUAUCGCUAGUAUAUGUCUUUGCUUAACAUUUUUUUGUUGUUUUCAUUAGCGUUAACGAUUUUGAGUAAGCGUCUUGGCCACGUCCUUGGAUGUAUGCUACACGUACUGUAAUCUGUACGCGAUGUGAUAGUUUGUCACAACAAUAGAUGUAAGCUUAUGUACGUUUUAAUUAAAUUUACACACAGGUGUCGUCCAAAAUUUGAUUUUAUUUAUGACGAAUGUUAAAUUAUAUUAUUGUCGUGAUUUUAUGACGCUAUUUAAAUCGGACUAACUUUUCCAUGUAAAAUACAGUGAUGGUACGUUAGAUGUAACCGAAUAAUUUUAAAACAGAUUGGUCUACCUUGUGUGUAGAACAAAAAAAUAUGUUAAUCUCUAUGUUUUUAUUUCCAAUCAUGAUGAAUUGUUUAGUCCAUUUUAUUUUAAGAACGCAGUGAAAGUUAUUAAUGUUAGGUAAUUAAAUGAGAAUCUUAAAGAUUGUAACGUUACUUAAAUAUAUUAAAUAUUAGUGUAUGUAAUGCAGCGUUGUGCGACUUUGCACAAAUUUAAUAAGAAAAUUAAUGUUAUUAUUGAAUGAUUACGAAUGGUAUUGCCAUAUCGUAUUUAUCCAACAGACGCUUACAUUAAGUAUUGUUUGAUAUGUUUUAUAAUCGGACGUUUAUUACAUUUGUGCUCAGUCUGCUUGCACAAGUUAUGUAUUAAAAUAUAUUUACGUAUGAUAAACGAAACAUGUCUCAAAUGCAGCACCAUCGAAAUGUAUCUAUAACGGAUAAUGUUAAACCGAAUUUCUUUAACUAAAUGUAUCCAUUAUGAUUUUAAGAAUAUAAUCACAUUAUUUACGUAA